AUGACCUCUGAACUCCGUGCCCUUGAAGAAAACUCCACUUGGACACUUGAAUCUCUCCCCAAUGGUAAGAAACCCAUCGGUUGCAAAUGGGUUUUCAAGACCAAAAUCCAAGCUGACGGUACUGUUAAGCGCUACAAGGCCCAACAAGUGGCCAAAGCCUACACUCAAGUGGAAGGCAUAGACUACCAUGAAACAUUUGCUCCAGUAGCCAAAAUGACCACAGUCCGCUGUGUACUUGUCGUUGCUGCCACAAAAAUUGGAUCAUUCACCAAAUGGACGUCCACAAUGCCUUCUGGCAUAGCGAACUUGAUGAAGAAGUUUACAUGA